AUGGUUCUCAUGAAUCCUGUUGGUGCUUUGAAUAAAAAAGUGGAUGCUAUUGCAGAUAUCAACCCAAUGAAGCUGGCUUGGACUCUGAAAGUCGAGAUUAUGCGCCUGUACGGGUUUCCUAUCAAGUGGAACCCAAGAGAGAUUUACAGCAUGGAGUUGGUGCUUCAAGAUGAAAUAGGUGAUCGUAUACACUAUUCCAUCCCGAAGUCAAAUAUGGUGGUAUUUAGGACCUUGAUUCGUGAGCAUGAACUUUAUGCAAUGAAAAAUUUUAUUGUUCAAGCAAUCGGACAAUCUUUUAUCUCCUAUGAGAAGAUUGAGGCAAUGGUUGGUGUGAACAAGAACCAUUUGCUGGGUAAAUCAGACUGUAUGGGUCAUGUUGUAGGAAGAGAGGACGUUACACCAUUGGUUACAAAAUUAGGAGAGGAGAGUAAAUGCAUUAAACUACACUUGGAAGAUCUAGAGGAAAACAUCAUAAAAUGCACCCUCGUUGGUGACUUGGUUGACAAAGCCCUUGACUUAUUUGAUAAAGAUGAUGUUAGUGAUGAAUUGCAUGGCGGUUCCUUACAAAUCACUACUGUUGAGGAAGUUUUUGACAAAACUAAUGAAACUUCAUGUUGGAUACUAGCCACUGUGGUUUCUAUUGAAGUUGGUGGCAAUGAUUGGUAUUAUGAUUCAUGCAAGAGUUGUCCCAGAAAGGUGAAGGAGAAUAAAGGUUAUUAUCUGUGUGGGCAUUGUGGUAAGGUUGGUUUCAAUGCUCUUCUGAGGUAUGGUAUUCAUGUUAUUGCUGAUGAUGGUACUGUCUGUAUUGGCCUAAUCAUUUGGAACCAAGAGGCCAAACUGGUUGUUGGAAAGUUUGCAAGCAAAGUCAAAGAUCUCAAUGGAGUUGACCAAAGUGUUUUCAGUAUAUUGCCUGCAUUCUUUACUAAGGAAGCUGAGUUUGAUGUACAUUCUACUACAGUUGUAUCUUUAUCCAAGUAUUUAGGUUCGGAGAGUAUUUUUGAGUGCGGUCUUGAGACUCCUGACAAGGGUGUUCUAGCUGAUUCAAAUACAGGUGCCACUAUUGGUGGGGUGUAUAGUUCAGAUGUUCAGGGCUCUACAACCAAGCCAUCGAAAGGUUGUGCUGGGAAAAAGAAGCUUGAGUAG